UAGCAUUGUUUUUCAUCAAUCUUGCACUGCUAAUACCCCUACCUGUAUCAAUUCUUGCAGUAUUCUAAUAAAAUGGUAUCCAGCAAGUCAAGUACUUUUGUUGAAGCCAUAAUUUUGCCUUGCAUUUUAUUGCUUGCUGGCAAGAGUAGAAUAGCUCAUCCAUGCUAUGCUUGUCAUGACAAAACAAAUGAACCUUCUAAACAUUGUGUUAGUGGUAAUAAUGAGGAUAAAGUUUCCAUGAAGAGGCAGAAAAUUAUGGAAUCAGUAUGUUCAUCAAAGGAUGAGUUUCGCACAAUCUAUGGGUUGAGUGCUUGUUCUAAUUGCUUAUGGAAAUCAGAAGAAAACACAAAAUGUGUCAAUUUGAGGUCUUCUCAUGAUAUAUUUUGUCUGGUUACUUUUAGAAGCCUUCAAAAUGAGAAUGUGAUUUGCCCAGGUAUCUUGUGCUCCACAUCACCUAUGAAAGAUACGAGUUUCAAUUGUAAACCUACUUCAAGGAAAAUUUUGCUCGAGUUCUCAUCAGAUAGAUUUUUAAAGUACCAGUUGUUGCAGAUUGGUGGCUAUUACAUCAUAGAUCAUAAUAGAAAAGACUGCUUUAGCUGUGCAAAAGAUGGCUUUGGUAGCAGUGGCACUACUAAAUUUCUUGUUGAUUCUGGAAAACAUAUCUGGAGCCUUUCAUUUAUUUAUGAUGAGAAUCUUAAUGAUUACAAAUCAGUAUAUACAACUGCAGAAGAUUCUUUAUCUCUUACCAUUGAUGAGGAUUUGCCUAAAGAUCAAAGUGAACAGUUUCUGCUGAGGUCCGAUAAUGAACCUUCAGGUGUCUCUUCAGAUGUCUGUCUUUACCUCCCUGUCAAUGUUGCAGGUGUCUUGGAGGAUAAUAUUAUGGAAUCGGGAGAUUGUCAAAGACAACAAUUUGCAAUAUCAGAAUACAUUGCUAACAUUUCCUUGAGUACUGGGCCUGUAGUCUCUAGGCACAAUUUUUGUUUUGGGCCUCAUAGAUCAAAUUGUUUGUUUCCUGAGGGAAAAUUGAUCUCUCUUGAGGGAAACGUGGUUGACAUUCAUGACAUUGGCUCUAGCUUCUGCUAUUCAAGCUCAAGUGGUGCAAACCUUGAUGCCCUUGAGUUGAAAAGCAUUGCUAGGACUGGAGGCAGUUUCUGCAUUCACGUUUUGGUGCAUCAUCACAUUGUAACUGCAAUUCCAUCUCGCCAUAUUUUUGUAUUUUUGUUUUGCUUAUUUUUUCAACUUAGUCUUGUUAAUUUAUUUCUUAUUAGGUGAAUAUUUUUGGUUCUGUAAAUAAGCAUUCUUUCCCCACUGGUUUUGGACCUGGUGUAACUGCCACAUUUCAUCGAAUUCUUGAUGCAAGGGUCCAAAAUAAAUUUAUGUUGCUGCCUGUGUCAUUUAUUGUAAUAAAAUCCAUAGACGUAUGUGAUAACCAAUGCAGUGACAACUCCACCAAUUUAAAGGCUACUAAAGAUGCUUACAGUGCAUCUCAAGAUUCUUUCUCUUGUCUGAUUUCCCAAUUGCCUCAGAACUUGAGUCACAAGCAAAUACUGCUUCGAUGCAGGGUUGUUGCAGUCUUUGUUUUAGUUAUAGAGAGGAAGACUACAAAUUUUAUUGCAGAAACCAAAAUUAAUGCUGAGAGGACUCUUUUGGACAUACCGCUUGCUUGUUUUUUGUUGGAAGAUGGUUCAUCAUCAUGCUGUUGCUGGGCUAAUGCUGAAAGGGCAGCAACCUUGUUGAGACUACGUGAAGAACUCUCCACAUCUUAUCAUCUAGCGAAAAUUUUGAAAAAUCACAAAAGAAUUACCAUGAAAAACCAUGGAUUAUGUAUUGAUUCUCCUUACCAGGAUCUUGUUUCUGUUACUUCUGGUGAUGCUCUGUCCAGUUCCGAUCAAAACAUGCUCAAGUUCAUAAUAUUCAAUGCAUGUGUUGGUAGAAUAUGGACUGUAGUUGCUAAUGGGAUGGAUGCAGCGGAAAUGAGACAGUUGGAGAAAGAAUACCCUACAGAAAUGGUGAAUGUGCAAACCAUGCAGAAUAUAUGGGCUAAAGAUGUCUCUUACACACGCACUCUAGCUGAGGCAAGGAAUAUGAUUAAGGAACUUAAAAGUUAGUGCUUAUGGUCAAAUUAUUAGGCGCUAAAUAGGAUUACAUGCAUUUUGUAAAUAAAUAUAAACUAAUUUCUAUAUAAAAUUUAGGUAGUAGUAUACUGUAAUAAACGCCAGUAUUGUAUAUAAUGUUGUUUUAAUUAUAUUAUAUCUAACAAUCUGUGAUGCAAAUGUAACUAAGUUAUAAAUAGAAUUUAUACAAUGAGAUUUC